AUGUGUGAUUCAUAUUUCUCCGAAGCGGAAGCUGAAGAAUGGUCUUUUCUAGACUUUUAUAAACACCGUAGCUGUCAAAUAGAUUUUACUAAGUCCAUUAAAAGAGAAGCUCUUAUUCUAAAGUCUCUAGAAUAUCUGUUUAAAACGGGUUCGGAAAAGGCCAAAAGUCUUCUAGAUGUAUUUAAGAAUCAUCGUGGUAACUGUGCGGAUGUUGAUGCUUUCUGGAAUGUGAUUGAAGCCAUCCUAGCCGAACAAGCACUGGAAAUGACAAAGGCAAAUUUCCACGAAAUACUUCAUGGCACAUUGGACCCAUUUUUGACAAUCCAAAGUAUUUUCAUGGGAGCCACCACAUACACUGAUGAACUGUUUAAGACUGCCGUGGAAAAUUUGGUGAGAAUAUUAUGCGUGUUGUUGUUUUGUUUCUCGCAAUUACAUACCACCAUUAAUGAGGCCACUAUUACUACGCAUAUAAAUUCAAAAGCCCACAAAGAUUCCCGCCGUUCAUAUGUUGCUGCCAAUCGUAAUGACCGUCAACAGUCUCUUCAUGCCACAAUGGUGGUCGCAGAUGGGAAAAAACAAAUAAUUAAAAGCCUGGCUGAUAGUAUUCGAAAACAUCAUUUAAGUGGUAUAUUUGAGCAACAUUAUGAGCAACUUCGCGAAAUAUUUUGUGGUAAACCAGUUUCUAUUAUAAUCGACAAAACUACAGACAAAAAAGCCCGUAGUGUAAUUAAUACACUUUUUAGUUAUCGAGGUCAAACAAAAUUAAUUUUAUAUCCCAACUUAUAUGAAAAAUCUGUUAGAGAAAUUUUACAACCCGUAAUGUCACAAAUUCGACAUAAUACAUGUUGUGCACAUAUUAUUCAAUUGAUAAGAUAUAUGGAUUAUCUUCAGCGACAUGGAAUUAAAGAUAUUGCAACUAAAUCUGAUAAUAGAUUUUAUUCUGAAGAGCAUGAACUGGAAUCUAAUGAAACCAUUGAAAAUAUCAUGUCAAUUUUUAAUGAUAGAAAUGCAAAUGGGUUAACGGAAAUAUAUUUAGCUUUUAUUCAUUAUCAUUCACGUCAAUUUAUAUUGGAUACUGAUUUUUUUCAAAAGGAAACAGAACCUAUUUUUCCUUUAAUUGAAGCACGAAUUCAGCAACUUGAAAUUUAUCUCACUUAUGGAACAACUGCAACGGAUUUUGGUAAUGAAAUUAAUAAUGUUCUUUCUAAAUAUAAUACUGAAUUAUCCACUUUCAUUCCAAUUUUUCAAUCCGCAUUUAAUGCAGCCUAUAAUAAAUUUUCUAUUCAUUUUUCUAAUCAUCCUUCCUGA